GUUAUUUUUUCAAUCGGCGACCGAACUUGCGUUGCCAGUAACCGGAAUUUUCAGUAGUAACCACUUGUCACCCGAUUCGGUUCCUUUGGUUAACGUUUGGUUAUAUUCGUACCAUGGCCUCCAUGAACAAAUGAACACUCCUUUCGAAGAAGAAUUCAAUUUGGCCCGGCCCAUAACCUAAUGAAUGUCCUUUAUUUGACAUUUCUAAUCAAAACAAAAAUCAAAAAUAGAAUUUGAAUUUUUAUCCACAUAACAAAAUGCAUUUUUUCAAUUAUUAAUUAUUUAUUGUUUACUCAAUUAUUUGGGAAUAUGGCAAAGGAAAAGUAAAACGUAAUCGAAUAAUCAUUAUCUAGUCAAAUUCAAAUUUCAGUUAUGACUUCCCAAAGUAAUUGUUUGGAUGAUUUGAAUUUUGAUCAAUUUAUCAAGACUGCAAAUUAUGAAGAGACUGUUAGGCAACUGGAUAUUUAUUAUGGAAUGGUAAAAAGACAGCUGUUGAGAUACCAGAGCCAUAUUACCGGUUUGUUUCCUGUUUUAUCAGUUGACACUGAAAUUGGAAGUGUUCGAGAAAGUGUAUAUUGUGCUGCUGCAGUUUGGGGAUUGUAUCAGGCCUACAGGAGAAUCGAUGACGACAGAGGAAAGUCAUACGAACUAGGACAAUCGACUGUAAAAUGCAUGAGAGGGAUUUUAGAAUGCUGGAUGAAACAAGCCUUUCGCGUGGAGUUGUUCAAAAAGAACCAAUGCGCAGCUCACGCUUUGCACGUAAAAUUCCAUCUCACGACUGGAAACGAAGUGUUCUCAGACGACGAGUACAACCAUUUGCAAAUUGAUGUCAUAUCCAUCUAUCUAUUGUUUUUAGUACAAAUGAUUUCUUCUGGGUUACAGAUAAUUUAUACACAGGAUGAAGUAGCUUUUGUUCAAAAUCUAGUUUACUAUGUUGAAAGAGCGUAUAGAACUCCAGAUUUUGGAAUGUGGGAAAGAGGAAGCAAGUAUAAUGAUGGCAAUCCUGAGAUUCAUGCUAGUUCGAUCGGGUUAGCAAAGGCUGCUCUUGAAGCUGUUAAUGGUUGUAAUUUGUUUGGUGAAAAGGGCGCUUCUUGGAGUGUGGUUUAUGUGGACAUUGAUGCUCAUAACCGGAAUAGGAGUAUAUUUGAAACUUUGUUACCUAGGGAAUCAUGCUCAAAGGAAGUGGAUGCAUCUCUUUUACCUACAAUAUCUUUUCCCGCUUUUGCAACACAUGAAGACACACUUUAUCAAAGAACUAAGGAUAACAUUGUAAAUCGUUUAAAGGGAGAAUACGGUUUCAAAAGAUUUACAAGAGAUGGGUUCAGAACAGUUUUGGAAGACCAUAGUCAGAAGUACUACAAAAAACAAGAGUUAAAACUCUAUGAAGGGAUCGAGUGUGAAUGGCCCAUAUUUUAUAUUUUUAUGAUUAUUGAUGGUGUUUUCAAAAACUUACCUGAUCAAAUAUCUGAGUAUCAAGAUUUACUGAAAAAGAGGAUUUUUCUGGAUCAUAAUGAAGAUCCUGUAAUACCCAAGUACUACUAUGUCACUCAGGAAAACCUGGAAAAGGAACGCCGAGAACCAGGCACAACCCAUAAAAAGAUGGUUACCGACCAUGGAUUGUUUCUUUGGAACCAAGCCAUGUUCAUUCUGGCCCAGCUGUUAACUGCAGGGUUGUUGCACAUCAACGAGCUGGAUCCUAUUAGAAGAUACUUGCCUUCUUACAAUAGACCUAGAAAAGGAGGAAGGUAUUCUGCGUUUCAGGCAAAACCUUCAAUAGGUACAGCUACAGACCUCGUAGUUCAAAUAGUCCUCAUCGCAGAAUCGAUGCGUUUACAAGCUAUGAUGGCCACUUAUGGUAUUCAAACUCAAACGCCUCACGAAGUUGAACCUGUACAAAUCUGGUCGUCUACACAAUUGGUGAAUGUUUAUCAAAAUUUGGGUGUAAAUAAGAAAUUGAAGUUACAUGGAAGGCCUGAGAGACCUAUUGGUAGUUUAGGUACUAGCAAACUUUACAGAAUUUGUGGCCAAACAGUGCUAUGUUAUCCACUAAUUUUCGAGGUGUCUGAUUUUUAUCUUUAUAGAGAUAUGGCUCUGUUGAUAGACGAUAUAAAAACUGAGCUUCAGUUUGUUGGAAGAUAUUGGCGUUUAUCAGGAAGACCAACAGUAUGCCUUCUUAUAAAAGAAGAGCACAUGAGAGAUCCACAAUUUAAACAAAUGUUAGAUCUUUUGGCAAUGCUUAAAAAAGGUUAUUGUGACAAUGUUAAAGUUAGAAUUGGCCGGUUGCAGAACCUCAUAUCUAGUUCGUGUGUUGAACAUUUGGAUUUUAUGAAUGCCUUGGAAGAUACUACCGAGAAUUUCUCACAUUUUCAACAAUUGGAACAUGAUUAUAUUGGCUAUCAAAGUUUAACAGACGUUCCUAGGGCGCUGCAUUAUAAUGACGAACUACAAGAUUUCUCAGAAUUCAAAACUAAAUCAACCAACGAGAUUAUAGAAACUUUGAGAAACCAAGAAAGUCUCUAUGCCAGAGCACAACUCUACGGAUUUUUACUAAAAAAAGAAGGAAAGCAUUUUAUGGUUAACGAUCGUUCUAUUGAAGAAUGUUUAUCAAGUCUUUACCAUCAAGCCGGUUGUUUAAGACAUUGGGCCGCAGUCAGAUAUGUCAGUAGUCUACUGCAUCACACUGUAGAUUCUAUUAGUCCUUUUAUUACUGCAGUUUUAGUACAUGGGAAACAGCUUACUGUUGGUGUAAUAGGCCAAAAAGAAACAGUAUUCGAUAAACCAAUGACCCCAUCAGAAAUUCAGUCUGUUGUCUAUAGCACCAUACAGCCGUAUGAUGUUAUACAGGCCGUACUCCAACAAGAAGUGACAUUAUAUUGUGGAAGAUUGAUUUCCACUAAUCCUGAACUAUUUAGAGGUAUUUUAAAAAUUCGCGUUGGUUGGGUGCUGGAAGCCAUGAAAUACUACCUACAAAUUAUCAAAAACACAAAGAAGCUGGAAGACCACAGUCCGUUUGAAAUCAGGCUGCUGGUGUACAAAAUUUUGUCAAUUAGAGAAUGGACAUCGCAAGACAACAAACAAUUAACUCCUCUUCAAAAAAGGCAACUGGAAGGCUGCUUGUGCCGAGUACCUCAUACAUUUUACAAUGAGGUCUGGGACGUUAUGCUGCGAACUCCUAAAGGUGUUAUUGUCGAAGGAAACAUUAUUCCUCAGGAACCUACAAUGUCGAAUAUGACGAAAAAUGAAUUGACGUUUUCUUUACUUGUAGAACAAAUGUUAAAUCACAUAAACGUGCCCGAAUACAGACAAUUGGUGGUAGAAUUGCUGACCAUAGUUUCUACAAUUCUAGGGAGAAAUCCAGAAUUGACUUUCAAUCAACCUUUGGAUUUGAGGCAGUUGAUUAAUGAGGCUGCCCAUAUGUAUGCUAAAGACCACAACUUGACAGAAGAAAAAAUAGGCUUUCUAAUGGAAAUUCCUUACAUGCAAUCAACAGGCUACUUAGCGAGGGCCACUGUAAAUACUUUACUUAAAGGCGGUCAAAUUGGUGAAAAUAUGCAAUGUGAAGGUGAAACUGCUUGCAGAGUGCAAUAGUUAUUUUUCUUCCUUUUUAGUGCCAUAGUCAGAUUGUAUUAUAAUAUACUAACUUUUUGUCUAUUGUUUAGUGAAAUUUAUUCUCAAUAUUUAAUGAAAAUACUGUUAGAAGUUGUUGUUAAUAAAAAUAUGUUAAUUUGA